AUGCCUCAAGACACUCAGGACACCACGGCUCAAGAAACUUCAGCUCAAGAAAUUACAAAAAAACUUGAAGCCUUUCAUAUUGACCCUCCAAUCAUAAUAUCAAACCUACCCGAAAUGUGGAAUCCCUUCAUAUAUCGCAUGAGAAAUAAUCUCAGGUGGCUGCUUAAAUACCUAAUAUCAUCGGAAGUUACUCUUUCUAGAAUUCUUGACAAGAGCAUGUUUGAUGGUCAUAAAAAAGACUAG